AUGAAAGCAUCAAAUAUCAGCAAGUCUGGAAUGUUUAGGAUCCGAGCAUUUAAUACAAAUCAUACUUGUCCUUUGAAGGAUAAAGUGUAUUCACAAAAACGUGCAACAAGCAAGUUGAUUGGUGGGAUCGUUAAGCCUAAGUUUGUUGAUCACAAGAGAAAAUAUACACCUUAUGAUAUUCUGAGUGAUGUAAAGAUAUAUUUGGGAGUUGAUGUAAAUUACUCAUUGGCUUGGAGGGCUAAAGAAAAGGCUCUGAUUUCAUUGAGGGGCACCACAGUUGCAUCUUACAGCAAACUUCCAGCAUACUUGUAUAUGAUGGAUAUUACAUAUCCAGGCUCGCAUAUACGUCUAAAGAAAACAGACAAAAAUGAAUUCUUGUAUCUUUUUGUUGCAUUGAAUAAUUGUAUACAAGGCUUUGAUCAUUGCAGACCUGUCAUAGUUGUUGAUGGAAGUCACCUAAGAGGACCGUAUAAUGGAACAUUUGUGGCUGCAAGCACAAUGGACGGAGCAGUCUCCGAUAGAAAUGAUAGCAUCAUAAAGGCAGUCACAAAAGUGUAUAAAAACGUGCCACAUUAUGCUUGUAUAUGGCACUUGUGGUGUAAUGUAGAGAAAAAAUUUAGGAAGGCAUCAAAUGAGCUAAGUCCUGUGUUUUAUACUAUGACAAAGACUUGCAGUAAAGUUGAGUUUGAUAGGUUGAUGGAUACUGUAGAAAAGGUUGAUGUAGGUAUCAAAGAGUAUUUGUAG